UUCUGCGUCUUCGCAAUAGGAAGUCUUUGCGGCUUUCAGACACUUCAUUUGAGACGUGUCAUGUAUUAAAAAACAAUUUACAAAAAAGUGUUGACGUGCGGACGUUACGCUCGACAGACCACAAGAGCAGACUUAGCUGACAGAGAGAUUAUGAGGGCCAGACAGAAGCAGGCACCAGGGAGCCUUCUGUGUCUGCAGAGAUCGUCUCUACUUCAGACCAAGACAGGAAGUGCCGUUUGCUGCAAAACUUAAACGGAUGGAGGAAUCGAGUUUGUGCCUUGGCGUGUCCUCAGCGGUACCUGAAGCGGACGGCCACCUGAGCAGCGCAGCACUCAACGGCCGCUAUCCUGUGAGCCAGAAGCUGCAGCAGCUCACCUCCCAGCUCAGCCAUGGCUUCUCCGAGCUCCCCGGCCGCCAGCAGACCCCGGAGGAGAAAGCCGCCACCCCGCUGGAUGAGAAGAGCCACUCGGUCCUGGCCAGCCCUCCAAUCAGCAGCCAGAUGGCCCUGCUGGCCAAUCAGCUCAACCGGGACAUGGACGCCAGCGGCCUGGGCCUGAACGGGAGGGUGGAGCUUCAGCACUUCCUCAACGGGCAGAACCUGGGCCUCAUGUCUCAGCUCAAUGACAUGGAGGACGACGCCCGCAAGAACAGGAAGUACCCGUGCCCGCUGUGCGGCAAGCGCUUCCGCUUCAACAGCAUCCUCUCGCUGCACAUGCGCACGCACACGGGCGAGAAGCCCUUCAAGUGCCCCUACUGCGACCACCGGGCGGCGCAGAAGGGCAACCUGAAGAUCCACCUGCGCACCCACAAGCUGGGCAACCUGGGCAAGGGCCGCGGCCGGGUGCGCGAGGAGAACCGGCUGCUGCACGAGCUGGAGGAGCGGGCCAUCCUGAGGGACAAGCAGCUGAGGAGCAGCCUGGCCCAGCCGCGGCUCGACAUCAGACAGCCCUCCCUGCCCUUCCAGCAGCCCCAGAACCACCAACACCUCCAGCACCACCCUCCGCACCACCUGCCCACGGUGCACACCCAGCAGCAGCAGCAGCAGCCUACAUCCGCUUGCAGCCUCCUCACCCCGACCAGCCUGGGAGUCCCCGACAACCAGUCCCCCCUGCCUCGGCCGUCCCCGUCCCCGAAGCCGGCCAGCGCCCUGGACGAACAGGUGGCCCCGCCGGCGCCCGCCCCGGCCCCCGCCCCCGCGGCGGGGUUCCGCUGCACCUUCUGCAAGGGCAAGUUCAAGAAGCGGGAGGAGCUGGACCGACACAUCCGCAUCCUGCACAAGCCCUACAAGUGCACGCUCUGCGAGUUCGCCACAUCCCAGGAGGAGGACCUCAUCGCCCACGUGGAGAAGGCCCACAUCACCGCCGAGUCGGCCCAGGGGCAGGGAGGCCUGGCGGGCGGGGCCAGCGGGGAGAAGCCCGUCAACGAGUUCCGCUGCGAGGUGUGCAGCCAGACCUUCAGCCAGGCCUGGUUCCUGAAGGGUCACAUGCGGAAGCACAAGGACUCCUUCGAGCACAGCUGCCAGAUCUGCGGCCGGCGCUUCAAGGAGCCCUGGUUUCUUAAGAACCACAUGAAGGUCCACCUGAACAAACUCAACGCGAAGUCGAAGCCCCAAGCCGACCAAGAAGCAUCGAUGAAAAUGAACCACCUGGCGCAAGAGGCUCAUGCCAACCUCUACUCGCGCUACAUCUCCUGCCUACAAGGUGGGUUCCUCUCACCUGACAAGGCGGCCCUUUCCGAGCAGCACCCCCUCCUGGCUAAAGCAGGGAUUGCCAUGAAGGAGAAGGACAUUCCAGGGAAACUGCAUGGGCCGAUCGUGGGCAUGGGCCACGCUUCAGCAGAAAGGGAUAAGCGCUCCCUCAUGGGCUGCCUAAACCUGGUUCCCCCCCUCAAGUCCAGCUGCAUGGAGCACCUGCAGGCUGCUGCUAAGGUGGCAGAGAUGGACCCUCUCAACAGCUACCAGGCCUGGCAAAUCAUGGCACGGGGGAUGGCUAUGGACCGGUCCUUCAUGCCUAAGGAGCAGUACCACAUGCCUCGAAUCUCGGACGAGGACGCGGUGGCCGCGAGGAUGAUCUACGGCAAGGAGAAGCACGACUAUCCGGGAAUGGGGCCCGACGGCUCCAGGCGGAAGCAGCACGUGGACGGGAUGAUGGGAGCGGCCAGGGGGCCCAACGUGCUGCCCUGCAAGGACAACGGCAGCUUCAACGGCAGUCGAGAGUUCCACGGCCCGCACGGCGGAGGAGCGACCGGCCCGGCCCACAGCCAGGAGUACGGCCUGCCGGGCGUGAAGGAGAAGCACACCGAGUGCCCGGACUGCGGCCGGGCCUUCAGGACGUACCACCAGAUGGUGGUCCACUCCCGGGUGCACAGCAAGGAGCGGCAGCCUGCGGACGGCACCGUCCACCAUCGUCUGGGCCUGGACGAGCGGCGCGGCUCCGCCAGCGACCCCGAGUCCCAGUCCAUCAGCCGCUCCACCACGCCGGGCUCCUCCAACGUGACGGAGGACAGCGGGCCCGGUGGAGGACAGUCCCGGGCCGGGAGCACGCAGGAGGAUAGCCCUCACCCGUCUCCGCCCUCCUCAGACGCCGGAGACGAGGGGGGCAGAUCCGGGGGUGUCCAGCAGCACAGGGACCGGACCCAGGGGGGGUUAAGCUCAAAGGACUGCCCCUACUGUGGGAAAGCCUUCCGGACCACCCACCACCUCAAGGUCCACCUGCGGAUACACACAGGUGAGAAACCGUACAGGUGUCCGCACUGCGACUACGCCGGCACGCAGUCAGCCUCGCUGAAGUACCACCUGGAGCGUCAUCACCGGGAGCGGCACAACAACGGGGGACCCUCCUCCUCGUCCUCUCACCCCCAGGAGGAGCACCCGGGGAGCAAGAGCGGGGCCUUCCUGCGGCCGGACGUGCUGCACGGGGUCAUUAAAGGCAUGCCCGGCGGGGUGGAUCUGAGAGGGGGCCCUCUGCACCCUCAUCCUUGGGGCCCGCUGGGGAUGUUGUCCCCAAGAGACCGAGACCGGGAUCAGGAACUGGACCGGGAGCACCUUGGCCACGGCACCUCUGAAAGUGCUUCAGAGACCAUGAAGGCCCACGAGCUGGCGUUGGAGGGAGGCCCCGCUGGCUUCCCGGACCUGAGCCGGGUUUACCAGAGCAUGGCAGGCAACGGGGUCAACUUCCCAGGGUCCCUGCAGGCCUUCAUGGACAGCUUCACCCUCAACUCCAUGAAGAGGGAGAAAGAGGCCAGGGAGGCGCGUCGAGAGUCCAGCAGCAGGCUAGGGGAGAACGGGGAGGAAGACAAGGCGGCGGACGCCAAGCCUCCCAAGAACAAGCCCCAGAGGUCGCAGUACGAGCCUCUCGAUCUGUCAUACAGGCCCGACUCCGCCUCGCUGCCCGGCUCAACUGUCACCAUGAGGGACGACAUGGCCUGGCACAGCUGCCUCUUCUGCUCCUUCUCCAGCCCGUCGGUGGAGAUCAUGGCCCUCCACCUGGACGCCCACCACCUGGGAGGUCGGCCGAAACGCAAGGAGGGCGGCAUCCUGGAUGAGAAAGGGUCUGUCCGGGACCAGCUGUGGGAGGCGUCCUCGGUCGGCAAAGCCGGACUAACCUCUCCCAUGCUCAGGCAUGGAGGUGCAGGACUCUCCUUUAGGGAGGUCGCAGAAACAGAUUCGAUAAUCCGGCAGGAAGCCGGCAAGGAGGUGGCGGAGGAAGCCAGGAGUCCAUCCUGGUCCGAUCGUGCAGAGGCCACCAAUCCGGGAGGAUUCGAGGAUAGCUUCCUGAAGCCGGUGGGCAUGCCACCUGAGGCCCAAGUGGGCAUGUCUGGUCCCCAGGGGUUUGCAAAUUCACGUCUAGAGUCACCUGAAGUGCCGGCGUGGCCUUUCGACCCGCCGGGCGCGAGCGGAAGGGGAGAGGACACUGCGGAGGCGCCCAGUAAGGAGGCGCACGAUGACAGCAGAGAGGAGUCUGAUGAAGAGCAGCCAGAGGAGGACGCCGAGCUGGCAGAGCCCGUUGGAAAGGGCCCGGAGUCCGACGAGGAAGAGGAUGAGAUGGACACAGACGAGGACGAAGAGCGGGACGGCGACUGUGGAAGCGGCGGGAAGGGCAGUUCGCCCGAGGACUCGGAGCGCCGGUCCCCCCAGCUCACGGACAUGCCGUGGCAGGGACCGGACCGCUGUUCGCCUCCCGAGCGCCCCAUGAACACGCUGUCUAUCCUGAGGGCCUACAGCGUGGAGAACCUCGCCGCUUUCAACGGCCUGGGAGAGGGAGCGGGCAGCCCUGGGGCUGGCAAGAGAACCGACCCAGCCGGUCAGAAGCCAUUCCAGUGUCAGUACUGCACGUACAGCGCUUCUCAGAAGGGCAACCUGAAAACCCACGUGCUGUGCGUCCACCGCCGGCCCUUUGACAACAGCCAGUACCCCGACCGCCGUUUCAAACGCUCCCGCAUGGACUCAGACACCUCCGAGGAGGGCCACCCCACCAACGACUCCGCUCACCUCCAGGAGUGACAUCACAGAAGGGCCCCCGAGGACCAUGGCAACCGCCGCCCCGGCAACAAGCGUAACAGAAAUGCUGACUGUUGGAGGAAGCUUCAGUCGCAGUUACAGUGUACAUUCCACGUGCGUUUUCAGCGACAUUUACUGCCGUGACAUGACAGAGGUACAGGAUGAUUAGCCUCACGCGCUGCUCACACAGUGUUUACGUAGCAACAACAACAGCAACAACAAGUCGACUGUCAACAACGAGUGGAGAGGGGAAGAUCACGAGAAUGAUUUAUUUAUUUUUUUGUAUUUACAGUACGUGAAAUGAUUAUAUUGAAUUGAUAAUUACACAAGGAGGGACUUGAAGAAAAACAAUCUUUGGAAUUAUUAUUUUUCCCCAAAAAGUGAUAUUUUGCUUGAAAAGAAAAUGACACGUGCAGCCUUUCUCAGCAGGGUCACCAUAACUGGCCCACAAUGCAACGGGACUGGCCACACACUAUCACUUAGGUUCUCAGUUUCUUGAAUUGGAAUAACUGUGACUUAUUAAAUUGAGCUUAAAAAAACAUCUGCAGGUACAUGGAAUGCUAUUUUUUUUUGGUAUUGACAAGGAAAGGCAUUGACCAUUUUUGCCUAAAAUGUCCCCCAUAUUGCUGUCUAACCACAGUGUGGUAUGUGCUUGACACAGAGUAACACAUUCACGUCUAAUCAGUGUAAAAUCAGCACCGAUAGUGUACUUUUAACAAAAGAGUAUAGAGUACAUUCAGGCCCCGCUGAACUGUCAUUUUUCUGAACAUUAAUGAAUGGGAUGUGACUAACAAAUGGAUAUAAUAUUUACGUGAACAUGUUGCUGAAAGUGUACGGCGGGUUGUUUUAACGAAGGGCCAGUACGUGUAUGAAUGACAGAGAUGUCACAGGUUACUGAACGUGGCGCGACAUGUUCAUAAAAACUUCACAAAGCAGACAUGGCAUUCUCUAACACUUCCUGAAGCUCCAGUCCAAGACGGAUUGUUUGUACUUGAGCUUGACUCCGGAUUCAAAAUGAAGGAAUUUCCUACAGUGCUUUGAAGACUCAUAGGACUACAUGCCGAGUGUACAACAGCUAAAAAUAGUUUCCUGCUUCUGUGUCUCCAACAUAAAUGUCAGUGUGAGCUGUUUCUUUGUUUUUGUAAAACAUAAAUUUGUUCUAUAUUUUUUAUCAAUUUAAGCUUUUGUACAAUUCAGAUUUCCGAUGUUUUGUUUGUUUUUUUUGUACAGUACAUUUUAUGAGUAUAAUGAAGGCUCUCUACUUUCCCCUGUUGUUUUUGUUUUAAUAUGUUAUUUUACUUCGGAAAGGUUAAUAACAUGCAAGGUUUAAUUGGUACAGUAUGUAAUCAAGCUGGUAAGGUUGAAAGUGCUGACUUUCACGACGAGUUUUUGUCAAAGGCAAUAGAAGAGUGAGAAAGAAAAAUGAGUUUUUUUGCGUUGCUGAAAAAACAGCAUAAAAUAAAUUUUCUGGACUGUAAGACGGUGUCCGUUCCCAUGCAGGCAGGGAGUGAACACGAGAGUCCAGAGCCUUAAAACCUUUAGCUCUGCCUAACGCAGUUUACUUAGACACUAAACUGCAGCUCCUGUAAAUAUCUCAAUCUACACUUAACCCUGAGAACAGAGUAAGCAUAUCUCAGGAUAAGAAGAUGAAGAAAAAAAAAAAAGAUGGUUUACAUAUUAUGUUGUAAAAAAAAAUGAAAUAAAAAUAAAAAAUAUGAAAAAAAAAAAUACUACAAGAAACGCCAUGUAAAUGAUGUUGCUUUGGAAUUAGAAAAUUUCUGGCAUAAACAA